UUAAGUGGUUGCAUCUGGGCAGGGCUAUAAGCGAUUAGCUGCUCCAACUGGUCUAGUCAGUAGGCAACUGCUGCGGUUCGCCAGCGACCGAAGGGGACAGAAGGGAAGCUGCUCAGUGCUGUUUUUGCCUCCACUAUGGCAAAAAUCAUUUUGAGGCACAUCAUAGAGACUCCAGUACGUUACCAGGAGGAGUUUGAAGCUCGAGGUUUGGAAGACUGCAGGCUGGAUCAUGCUUUAUAUGCACUGCCUGGGCCAACCAUCGUGGACCUGAGAAAAACCAAGGCCACCCGGGCUCCUCUAGUGGAUGCUGUGGCAGAGACGCCACCCCAAGACGGCAAAUCCCGCUUUCAGAUCCUGCUGGACGUGGUCCAGUUCCUCCCGGAAGAUAUCAUCAUUCAGACCUUCGAAGGCUGGCUGCUGGUUAAGGCUCAACACGGAACCAGAAUGGACGAGCACGGUUUUAUCUCAAGAAGCUUCACCCGACAGUACAAACUGCCAGAUGGCGUUGAAACCAAGGAUUUGUCCGCGAUCCUCUGUCAUGAUGGAAUUUUGGUGGUGGAAGAAAAGGAUCCAGUUGGGACUAAGUGAAACUUUAUGGGUUUCUGUUCAUAGGACACAGGGAAGAUCAUAGUUCAGCCAAUGGUACCACGGGAAUGUUUGUAUUACCCACGUUUGAAAUGAUUGACUUUGAUUUUUAUGAAGAUUAAAAAUAUAUACACAGUUCCUGGUAUGUUGAGGUUGUCUUUAUUAUUCUUAUUCAGAAUGGAAAAUUGUUGAAUAUGAUUGUUGCUAUUCUGACAACUGAAACAUCCUCCAUCCAUAGGAGGCUGUGGUUGAUAAUUGACAGGACUCAGAAUUGUCUCUUCAUUACUCCAACAAUGCCAGAGAGACUGCAUUUUUAAUAAUUGGUGGCAGAAGAGCCAUUCUCAUUUAAGGAAUUCUUACCCAUUUUAUGAAACCUUUUACAUUGCUAAGAAGAGUUGUGAUUCCCUUCACUUGAUAAACUUAGCUUUUUAGUGUAUUUUAAAGUGGAGCUUUGUAAAUAUAGUCUGAAGUUUAAAUAAAAUACAGUACUUGGAAA